CUACCGUAUACCUCAUAAUCUCAUGGAGGUUAACUCUGGUCUUAUCGAAAGCCGGCGCGUGGCUCAGGCUUGCGAGUCUUGCAAAAAAGGCAAGCGAAAGUGCGAUGGAGCGCAACCCGCAUGUAGUCUCUGUUUGAGACUCGACAGAGAGUGCUACUACUCUGAACGACCAGCACGGAGGAAACGUAUCUUUGUCGACAAGGAAUAUGUGGAGUCUCUCGUACGUGAAAAUACAGAAUUGAGAGUAAAGAUCGAUGCCUUGACAGCAGCAACUUCUGCGCGACACGGUGGUAGGGCAACUGCUGCAGUCCCUGAAGGUCCCGAUCGAGGAGGCAUGGACGAGGUAGCUACAGACACCGCAUCCAGUACAUGGGACAAAGUAGCAGAAGAUGCUCCGACGUCUUCUGCUCUGGGUACACAAUCGGCUAUUGAUGAACUUACAUGCAUGACAUGGAAACUCACAAUCGGGACGAAAGGAGAGCCAUCUUUCCUAGGCCCUUCAGGCGGGAUUAGCUUCCCCGGACUCACCGUUGAUGCCCCUUUGGCAAGAGAGCCGGAUUUAUCCCACACCAGCUGUGAGACUGAACCCACGCUGUGCGAUUUCACCGAUGACGCCGUCGAGGAUCAAUUGAUUGAGUACUUCAUGCAACACGUUGCGUCGUACUACGGGUUUCUCGACCCCCGAGAGCUACGGCAGAUGGGAAACCUCUGCAACGAGGAAGACAUUCAAUUCUACCGCCACGCGGCCUGUAUAGCGGGAUCAUGUUACAGUCCGGUUGCCGAAGGACAGGCGAUUGGAAAUAAACUAGCAGACUUGGCCCAGCGUGCCGCUGUCGUGCAGUGCGCGUCUCGCCCACGGGAGCUCACCGUCCUCAGCUUGUCGGUGCUGGCAUGGCGGGAGCUCAGUUUAGGCCAGGAGAAUAUGGGGUGGAUGUAUAUCUUUCACUUGGGUCUCCACGUACUGUUCCUUGCUGAACCAAGCGAUAACCGUCGCGUGACGGAGUCUUUCACCCGGAGACCGAUCAGCCUAAAAGUCUUUUGGUCUUAUUUCCUUGUCGAACGAAUGGCGACUACAGACCUAGGGAGACACUGCAACCUUGCGUGGGGGCGGGUGGGAUCGCCGGUGUACAGUGGCUUUCUGCGUGACAACGCCUCAAUCGAGGAGAUUGCUUUUGCCUAUCAGUGCGAACUUUGGCAUCUCCAUGAUAUCCAUAUGGAUCAAAUAUACACUUUUCAACCCCAGGAAAAUAAUGCUUCUCGCAGAUCCCAACUGCUUGCAAACGCUCACGCGGCUCUCAUCUCUUUCUAUGAUCGUCUUGAUGCAAGACUGCAUCUGCCGCUAGCGGGGCCCGAGAAUUCCUCCUUCCCCUCCCGCAGUGUGAUUUAUCUGCACAUGUCUUACUAUAACUCGAGCCUGCUGAUUCACCGUCCGUUCCUUCGACAAGCUGACGAAGAACAACAAGAAGUGCGAGGCCAAGAAAGUAUCAAUGCGCAAAUGGCCACCCAGAGCGUACGAGAGCCCGCCAAGGCUUUCGCUCAGUUGGUUCGCUUGCACCAUCGGCGGAUCGGAGAUUUCAGACAGGCCCCGCCAUUUCUCAUACAGCAUUUGCUCACCGCAGGAAUCAUGUUCCUCUCACAGGCCACGGCGGCUGUGAAGCAGGGGGCGGGACGCAGACCUUGCAACGACCUUAAAGAAUGUUUAGUAGCGUUGGAAGAGAUGCAGGAGAGCUGGCCGCUCAAGGCACACCGGGCGAUGGAUGCUCUCCGGCAGAUUGCGUAUCGGUGGUCAGUGGUUUGGGCGCUGCCUAUGCAUCUGAG